AUGGAGUUUACUUUCUUUGUGGCAAGAGAUCUCCUGGAUCAAGUUGGCAGCCUGGGGCAAUUUCAGAUCCUUCAGAUGAUUUUCAUUUUGAUCGGCAAUAUCACCGUGGCUCCCCAUUCUAUACUGGAGAACUUCACAGCAGCUAUACCCAGUCAUCGAUGCUGGGUCCAUUUCCUUGACAAUGACACUGUCUCUGAUAAUGAAAGUGGGAUCCUGAGCAAAAAAGACCUCCGAAGGGUCUCCAUUCCUUUGAACCCCAAUCUGAGGCCAGACAAGUGUCAUCUUUUUUGGCAACCACAGUGGCAUCUCCCUCAUCAGAAUGGCACUGUCACCAAUGUGACAGAGACAGACAUAGAGCCCUGUGUGGAUGGCUGGGUGUAUGACCAAAGCACCUCCCUCACUAUUGUGACUGAGUGGCACCUGGUUUGUGAAUCUCAGUCACUGGAUUCAAUAGCUAAAUUUUCAUUCUUGAGUGGUACGUUAGUAGGAAAUAUUCCAUAUGGCUGCUUAACAGACAGGCUUUACCCACAUUUACAGCUAUUUACACAUAUGCAUUAUAGGCUAUAA